AUGCUCGUCGAGGUGGCACUCCUGGAGAAGUCGAUCAUCAAUCAGAGCUCCCUUACACCAUUGGGGUUCCUUGGUUGUGGAAUUGAGAUCAAAUCACAUCACUUUGCUCAAUUGCACUGUCUCAAGAUGAGGCCAGCUCUGAGACUACUAGCGAAUGUCAAACAAGCCCGGUACUUGGAGCCUUUGGCUCCCACCGGCUUGACCGGACUAGUCACACAUCCCAGUCCUCGCUCGACACUGAUCUAUCUCUACAGCAGGACCCUUGAAAAGCUCAAGGAAUUCCCAGAGUCGUCAGCCUAUCGCCAGUCCACAGAAGCCCUCACUCGCCACCGCCUCAAGAUUAUCGAGUCUACCACACCACCCGGAUACGAAGCAUGGCUGGAGCGCGUCAAAAAGAUCGUUGCUGAAAGUCCCGAGCGUUUUGAGAAAGCUCGUCUUGCCGAUGGAACAUUCGCAGGCAUUCAACAGGAUGAUACCUACGGUGGUCCGCGCGCACAAGAAUGGGACGGACAAGUUGGACCCAUCACCGAAGGACCUGUCCGAACCCCAGAGGAGAUCGCCAAGUGGGAGGCUAUUAUCGAAGACGCUGCGAAACCCGAGAAACCAUCCGACUUCCAGUCGGAGACUAUCAAUUGGGAAAGCGAGCCUUCUCUUGAGGCGCAACAAAUUGCGGAUAUCGAGAACAAGAUCGGCGCCGGUCUGAUUGAAGAAGUUAUUCAAGUAGCUGAAGGCGAGCUUAAACUCGUGGGUGAGCUGGCCGAGGCCAAAAUAUGGGAAGAGCUUGCUGAGAAGCCCAAGCCAGGACAGUGGACAUAUUUCGAGCGAAAGCAUUAA